GAGAAUCUGCCAGAAUCUGCCGCCCAUGCUGCUGCUGCAGCGGCGGCAGUUCCCCCCUCCACUCUCUCCCUCCCUCUAUCCUUUUCUCCCUACCUCCCAAUCUCUUUUACUCCCUCCCUUUUCUCCUCCCUCCCUGCUUCCUUCUCUCUCUCCCUUCCUCCUCCCUCUCUCCCUUCCUCCCUCCCUCCCUCCUCUUCUCCCUCCCUCGGAGCACAUAGAGACACACUUGCUCUCCUUCUAGCCCCCUUAACUUUACCAGAGUAAUAGAAUAGCUGUGGUUGCCAAUGAUAACAGGGAAGUGCCUCACUUCAGUCACCCGGGACUGAGGGCUAUCGUUGCCUAACCAGGCACGCUUUUCUAGAUUUUUUUUUUUGCCUUUUUAUGUUUCUUUCCUUUAAAAAAAUCAACCAAAGCCCCGGGAAAUCCAGAGCUGUCUGCAAGAAUAAGCAAAUUCCAAGGACUCUAAGGGGCUUUUAUUUUUUGCAAGGGGGCUCUGAGGGCCGGUGCUGAGAGAACUUUUGUGCUCCGUGUCAUGAGAGAGAGCCUUCACCUCUAGGGAUUCUUGCUAAAGAAAUUCCCUGCUCUUCUAUUUACCUUGAAAAGCAAGCCCUUAUAAUAUACAGAAUAUCAACCAGACUCCCAGAAAUCAUGUUGGUAGGAUCUCAGUCAUUCUCCCCUGGAGGUCCCAAUGGGAUUAUUAGAAGCCAGUCCUUUGCUGGUUUCAGUGGUCUUCAAGAAAGGCGAUCCAGGUGUAAUUCCUUCAUUGAAAAUACUUCAGCACUCAAGAAGCCUCAGGCCAAACUGAAGAAGAUGCACAAUUUAGGAUACAAAGCCAAUGGCCCUCCCAAAGAGCCUCAGCCUAAAAGGGUAGAAGAGGUCUACCGGUUCCUAAAGAAUGGACUUGAUGAGUAUCUGGAGUUUCAUCAGACAGAGUUGGACAAGUUGACUGCUCAGUUAAAAGACAUGAGAAGAAACUCUCGCCUGGGUGUUCUAUAUGACUUAGACAAGCAAAUCAAAACAAUCGAAAGAUACAUAAGACGACUGGAGUUUCACAUUAGUAAGGUGGAUGAACUCUAUGAAGCUUAUUGUAUCCAAAGACGACUCCAAGAUGGUGCUAGCAAAAUGAAGCAAGCAUUUGCCACCUCCCCAGCCAGCAAAGCUGCCAAAGAGAGUUUAUCUGAAAUUAAUAGGAGCUACAAGGAAUAUACGGAGAAUAUGUGCACAAUCGAAGCAGAGCUGGAGCAGCUUCUAGGAGAAUUUUCCAUCAAGAUGAAAGGGCUGGCUGGCUUUGCUCGGCUCUGUCCCGGAGAUCAAUAUGAAAUUUUCAUGAAGUAUGGCAGGCAGCGUUGGAAACUAAAAGGCAAAAUAGAAGUGAAUGGCAAACAGAGCUGGGACGGAGAAGAAAUGGUUUUCCUGCCUUUGAUAGCUGGAUUAAUUUCCAUUAAGGUCACAGAACUUAAAGGACUUGCAACUCAUAUCCUGGUGGGAAGUGUCACCUGUGAGACAAAAGACCUUUUUGCAGCUCGGCCUCAGGUGGUAGCUGUUGACAUCAAUGACCUUGGCACCAUCAAAUUAAACUUGGAGAUCACUUGGUAUCCGUUUGAUGUGGAGGACAUAACGUCAUCUACAGGCACUGGGAAUAAGGCCUCAGCUCUCCAGAGGAGGAUGUCCAUGUAUAGCCAAGGCACUCCAGAAACCCCUACCUUCAAGGAUCACUCGUUUUUUUCUAAUCUACCUGAUGAUAUCUUUGAAAAUGGAAUGGCAGUUGAAGAAAAAAGACCCCUAUCUCUCAGUUUUUUUGACUUGCCCAAUGGUGAUUGUGCCUCAUCUUCUAAAUCAAGUGGUUCUUCUACUAACAUUGGUCAGUCUAAUCCAGAAAUUACUGUCACCCCAGCAGAGCAUCACCUUAGCAGCCUAGCCUCCCAGAUCUUCCCUGGGGAUGACAUAGGACCAGGCUCUUUCAGGAAUUCCACAGCAGAAGUCCAGGACCCAAAGCUACUACCAGAGCACACAGAAGAGAACCAGAAAGCCUCCCCAGUUACUUCUGAAGUGUGCCAACAAACACCAGGUCCAGGAGGUGACAGCCUGUUCUUGCAAAAUGAUGUUGCUGUGUCACUUCUACAAGAUUCAGAUGAGGCAUCUGAGCUUAAACCUGUGGAAUUGGACACCUUUGAAGGAAACAUCACCAAACAACUUGUCAAGAGGCUCACCUCAACAGAGGUGCCAGUGAUCACUGAGAGGCUUCAGUUUGAGGGUUCAGUCAGUGGAGAAUCAGAAGGCUGUAGAUCCUUCCUAGAUGGGAGCUUAGAGGAAGCUUUUCAGGGACUUUUCCUAGCAUUAGAACCCCAUAAAGAGCAAUAUAAAGAGUUCCAAGAUUUGAAUCAAGAGGUGAUGCACCUGGAUGAUGUUCUUAAAUGCAAGCCAGGAGGAAGCCGCAGCCGGUCUUCCAGUUUAAGUCUUACAGUUGAGAGUGCUUUAGAAAGCUUUGAUUUCCUGAACACCUCUGACUUUGAUGAGGAGGAGGAUGGUGAGGAGGUUUGUAAUGUUGGAGGAGGUGCUGACUCAGUAUUUUCAGACACUGAGACUGAGAAAAAUAGUUACAGAUCGAUACACCCCGAAGCCAGGGGGCAUCCUAGUGAAGCGCUGACAGAAGACACGGGAGUCGGUACCAGUGUAGCGGGAAGUCCUCUUCCCCUGACCACAGGAAAUGAAAGCCUUGACAUCACCAUAGUUAGGCAUUUGCAAUACUGUACCCAGCUCGUCCAGCAAAUUGUGUUCUCAAGCAAAACUCCAUUAAUAGCGAGAAAUCUCUUAGAGAAGCUCUCUGGACAAGUCCAAGUGAUGGAGAAACUUGCAGCGGUCAGUGAUGAAAACAUGGGGAACAUCAGCUCUGUCAUAGAAGCUAUCCCAGAAUUCCAUAAAAAGUUGUCACUCCUGUCUUUUUGGACAAAGUGUUGCAGUCCUAUAGGUGUCUACCACACCUCCGUUGACAGGGUAAUGAAGCAGCUUGAGGUCAGCUUUUCCGGAACUGUCAACAAAGAACAUCCAGGACUUGCAGAAACAGCAUUUCGAACUCUGGUGUGUCGAAUUCUGGAUCGGGCUGAGCCUCUGCUUUCCUCCAGCCUCUCCUCUGAGAUCAUCACCGUUUUUCAGUAUUAUCAUUACUUUGCCCUGAAUGGUGUGAGUGACCUUGAGGGUUACCUAAUUCAUUUGGCUAAGCAAGCCUCCAUGGUUCAAAUUCUCCAGUCAUUAAGAGAUGAAAAACUACUACAGAAUAUGACAGAUCUCACAGCCAACAACCUCCCAGUCCAGCAGGAAGUGCUUCGAUCCCUAGCUUUUCUUCUAACUGAAAACAAUGAUGAGAUUAGUCAAGCUGUGACACUGUAUUUGGCAGCAGCAGCCAAAAACAAGCAUUUCAGGGAAAAGGCCUUAUUGUACUACUGUGAGGCCCUGACAGAGACAAACCUCCACCUUCAGAAGGCAGCAUGUAUGGCACUGAAAAGCCUUGAGGCUACUGAAAGCAUUAAAAUGCUUGUGAGUCUGUGCCAGUCUGAUAAUGAAGAGAUCAGAAAUGUGGCAUCUGAAACCCUCCUCUCUCUUGGAGAAGAUGGACGGCUAGCAUAUGAACAGCUGGAUCAGUUUCCUCGAGACUGUGUGAAGAUUGGAGGUCGUUAUGGAAAUGAAGUUGCCACGGCUUUCUAACUACUUCCCAUGCUCUGCCUGAUGUUAAAGGGCCAUGGCAUCUGGCCCUCCUGAUUAGGAUGGUGUCGUCACUGAACUGGAGAGACAGAGGCAAUGGAGGAAUCCUACUGAAGGCAUGCAGAGACAUGAUUAUUUAUAGAACAAAAUAAAGUUGGGCUUCUCAAGUCCCGUCACCUUUUUCCUUUGUCUAAUGAUAGAGCAGGUCUCUGAAUCAGUCAACUAUAUUGUCCACUGCUUCCAGCAACACCCGGUAUAAUUCAGUCUCAUCUGGCAUGGAUGACAUUUUAAAGAUGGGCAUCUCAGCUUUUUAUAUGCAUUGUAUUUUUUUACUGGACAUUGUCCUAUGAACUUGAAAUAUUCAUGUGAUGCUUUAUCUUAACUGGAAAGGUGGGCUUAGGAAGUAGGGACUCACUGAAGAAAAAGAUUUUUUUGUUUUGUUUUGGUUUGGUUUUUAUUACAAGCUGUAAUAAAUGUCAGCUGCCUUGUGGUUUUUCCUCUGUAAUAAACUCAGGGUUGAAUUACCCCCUUAGCUACCUAGAAUGUCCUUCAGAAGGGCACAGAAAAAGACUUUCCCAAAUAGAUUAACUGGGUGGAAUGUUAGUUUUUAUCAUUUUAAUUUUUGAAUAUCUAUAUAACCUCUUACUUCCCUUUUUCAGUCACCCCCAUUACCCCUCCAAUAAUUCACAGUUUUAAUGUUUGUUCUAUUGAAAAGUGAGGUUGCUAAGACUUACAAAUUAAAGUUAUAUCCACUCAUAUAUGUGUGUGUAUAUAUAUUCAAGAAAAUUUCCAGAUUAACUUGCUAGGAAGUCAGAAGAAGCUGGCAUUCCCACUUUCCCAAGUAUACUCCAGUGGAUUCUGUCAGUAGCGUACCCAAGACCUUAAUGAAGAGUCAGAAGGCUGGAAAGAUCCUUGUGAUGUGGGAUGUGCUUGGGGAACUGGCAGAGGUCCAUAGUUCCUGGAAAGACUUAAGGGAAGUAUGUGAAGGUGUCUUUGCUCCUAACAGGGUUCAUGAAGCAAGUCUGAAGCAAGACCAAGCAUACCUUGAUGAACACCAUCCAGAAAUACCUCAUCAUUGUCUGUGUUUCGAUGGCUGCCCCACAGUAGGUGUGAAAUAGCAGCAUGCUAUGAUUACAGCAAAACCGGGGUGCUAGAUUAGUGUGAGACACUUAAAGCGGGUGACAUUAAGUAAUGAUUGUCUUAUCUCCCUGAAAGUAUAACAAGUAGGAUAUGCCAAGGUAUUUCAUUAGUCCUCAGAGUACUCAAAGAAAUAUUCAUAAGUGUAAUUAGAGCUCCAUGAUCCAAACUGUAGGAUGGACACUUGGUAUAAUACCCUGUUUGAGUGACAGUUAAACUCAUCGGAUUUUUAAUAUCCUUUUUUUUUUAAGCACUUCAUUUUAAAAUGGAAAUUGUUUGCCAGGCUUUCUGGUAAAUCCCUAUUUCAACUGUGAAAGUUGUAAUGUACAUGUACAUAUUUGUAAAUUUAUAAAUAUAUAUAUAACUACAUAUAUAUAUCUCCUUUAUUGAAAAGAUAUGUUUGUAUAGUCAAAUAUUUACUUGUUUAAUGGAUGAGAUUGUUCUUUUUAUGGAAAGUAAAAGUAUAAUGUUAAAAGCAGAGGGUUUUUUUUUAAAUAUUAUGUCUAUUGCAUGAGCUAAAGAUUUUAGACCUUUUUGUAUUGACUUCUGAUUUUGGAAGGGAUGCCUUCUAGUUUUGUGGCAUUUGUACUCAUCACUCUCAUGAGCACAUAAAUUAUAAUAAAGAUUAUUUUUGAAUUACUAA